AUGUCGAACUUGGCAAAGCUCGAAUUUGUUGCACUUGACAUCUCUGGAAAGAACUACCUUUCAUGGAUCAAUGAUGCUGAGGUUCAUCUUGAGGCUAUGAACCUAAGGGAAACCAUUAAGGAAGGCAAUGAGGCAUCCUUGGUGGAUCGAGCGAAAGCCAUGAUUUUUCUCAAACGCCACAUCCAUGAAGGAUUGAAGUGUGAAUACCUUACGGUCAAGGAUCCGUUGGCCCUUUGGGGAAAUCUCAAGGAAAGAUAUGACCAUCAAAGGACGGUUAUUCUUCCUAAGGCUCGCCAUGAUUGGAUGCACUUGCGUCUACAAGAUUUCAAAUCAAUGGCUGACUAUAAUUCUGCUCUAUUCAGAAUUAGCUCCAAGUUACGACUUUGUGGAGAGAAUAUAACUGAUGCAGACCUAUUGGAGAAAACUUUCACCAUAUUUCAUGCCUCCAAUAACCAUCAGUCCCGUCCAACUAGAUUUGCACUACUCCAUGAAGUGAAUGCUGCCUUGGCACCAUCUCAUGAGGCAUAUGCUACCUCAUCACAUGGCGACCGUCGUCGAGGACGUGGUCGUGGUAGGGCACGCUUUGCGGACUGUCACUAUAAUGAGACAUUUUUCCCGCCGUUAAGGGGAGAAAAGAUCGUUCCUGAAGAACAUCGUGAAUUAGGUUGGAACAUAUCCAUUAUGUCUCAUCUUGACCCUCGUACAACUCAAAGUGAAAAUGAAGUACAAAAGAUUGUCCACCUUCAGCAAAUUGCUAAUCAAAUGCCAAAGGCAUUCACUGACAUAGGAAAAGUGACAAAAUCACAUAUACCUGAAGCAAAUACACCAGCAAGGAUUGAUAUCCCAAUCAGAUUAACCAAUGUUGCAGCAAAUGAAUCAUCUACUGCACGGCUGAAGUGA